GGAAGUAAAGCUUGGAGACUGGAGAAGGUAUGAGAUGGAGGUUUAUCAUCAUGGGUCACCACCACAUGGUUUGACGUGAUUUUGGAUUGAGUGAACUCUGCUAUUAGAAAUGACCUCUAUUACUGAUACCUUCCUGGACCCCUCAAAGUCAGCCUUUCUAGACUUCAGCCAUGGACCAACAUCAUCUCCUCAACCACAGCAUUCUCCAAUCUUGGCACAUGGACAUUAUCCAUCCUUGCAUGGCUUUCACUCUAGCGGACAUGAGGGUCUCUUCUCUCCAGGGAUAUCGGCCUACGGAGGCAGGUCAUUCCCAUACCCAUACCCAACAUCUCCUGCAUCCAAUCCUCAUGGGCAUCAUAACGGGAACCCUUAUCUCAGCUACCAGCACUACAGUGGCACACUUAGUCAUGGUGGGAGACUUGAAGACCCAGAACCAGAGAAAUCAACAGUCAUAGAAAAUGGAGAAAUACGGAUAAAUGGAAAAGGGAAGAAAAUUAGAAAACCUCGCACAAUAUAUUCCAGUUUGCAACUUCAGGCAUUAAAUCAGAGGUUCCAACAAACUCAGUAUUUGGCGCUACCAGAGAGGGCAGAGCUGGCUGCACAGCUUGGCCUAACACAGACACAGGUGAAAAUAUGGUUUCAGAAUAAGAGAUCCAAGUACAAGAAGAUCAUAAAACACGGUCCUAGUAUUCAGGAUGGAGACCAAGCUCUCACCUCAUCUUCACUCUCUCCUUCCUCUCCUAAUGUUCCUCCCAGUUGGGACUUUUCUUCAGCUACAAAGACUACGGCAGUUGCUUCUAAUUACUUGAAUAAUUAUAACUCUUGGUAUCAGGCUCCAGAUACUUUUUCAAGACCCACAAUGAUGUAAUGAAACUUAAUGGAGGUCUGUUACAUGGUCUUAAUGCCAGUUCAGAUGUAACUUGUCAAUAUGGGUCACAUGAAGAAAGAGGCUAUGGGCUUUUCUUGAAGUACUAUCUUCCAUGUUAAUAGCUAAACCGAUUAAAACUAGUGUGAACCCAUUCAUUAACUGGAGGAGAAGAUUCAAUACCUUAAUGCACACCUAAUGGAAGACAGGCAGAUGGAUCAUUUGUUUACUAUGUGAAAUACAGACUAUGUAACAUAGAGACAACUUAUGUAGCUGCUAUGGGGCCCCUGGAGACAGGACAACCAUUCCAGGUUGAUCUAGUUUUCAUUUUAAUAAAUGAAGAGAACCUUCACAGAAAUGUGGACUACAAAGAUUAUACCAUGUAAGCAAACCAGUAGAAAUUAAUCUUGAUAAUGGGAUGUGGCCAUCUGACCUUUUGUCCCAGCUGGUUAGGAGUGUGGUGGUGUCAAACAGAACCUGCACAGGGGCCUUAUUUUUAUUGUUACUAUGGAGCCCCCAUCCUCUAUCUACACCACAAGUAUAUUACAGAGCAUAUAAAUUAUGAUUGCCUCAGUAAAGAAAUUAAUCUCUUCAUUCUAUUAUAUACCCUAAAAUUUCACAAACAUGAGUGGUUGUUCCUGUGCUUCAGUGUUCAGCGCUGGGUUAUAACGGUGAUGGGUUGCAUUAUCAGGAAUAUUAGAUUAAAAUUUCCACCUUCGCUCUGACAGGUAGACAUAAGUAUAAGUAAAAACAACCAUAUAUAUGACCAGCUUAAUGCGAAUGCCCUUCUUUGAACACCAUUUUUAUAAUCUAAAGAAGUCAAAAAUUCUGUGUUGAUUCAUUUUCUAAUACAUCUAUAUAGCAGUUUGAGCUCAGUUUAUCUAAACCUGAGCUUUGCACACAUUAUAUUUACUGUAACUGAUAAAAUUCUGAUUUCCUGAAGCCACCACUAGUCGGAGCUUAGGAGCUUACUACAUACUGUUAUACAUUAAAAGGUGUUUUCCAGUAAUUAUACUCAUUUACCUAUGCCCUGUAGCCUGCAUCUAUUGAAAGAUUCAUACUUACCUGCUCCCUGCUUCUCUGGUCCUGCGCUCUGGCUUCUGUUCUUCCAUCUUUGGUCCCCGACUUGUUUUCUUCCAAUCAUGUAUGAACAUGGUAACCUGCACUGCUGCAGCCAAUGACUGGCCUGAGGACAUGUCACUGUUCAUCUCAUUGGCCAUGUCCAUACCCAGCUGGAAGAAAACAAGCCAGUGACCAGCAGAUCGAGGAAUGGGAACCAGUGUGCCGGACUGAAGGGUAGAGAGCCUGUAAAUAUGCAUCUUUGAUAGGCGAUACAGGCUACAGGGCAUAGGUAAAAUGUGUAUAAUUACCAGAGAACCCCUUUAAAGGGGUAGUCUAGGAUUUUGAUGUUGAUGGCCUAUUCUCAGGGUAGGCCAUCAGUAUCAUACCAGUGGGAGUCGGACACCACCAACCUAACCCCCCCACCUGCCAAUCAGCUGUUUCCUUGUAGCUAUUGUGCUACAAGGAAAAAAGAACAAAGCUGUUAACUGCAGUGCUGAUCUGUGUACUGCACUGGAGCUACAACUAAACAGCUGAUUGGCAGUAUAUGGGGUGUUAGACCAGGUCAGUCUGUUAUUAAUGGCCUAUUUUGAGGAUAGGCCAUAAAUAUGAAAUUCUUGGACAACCCCUUUAAACUCAAUAACUCAAUAAUAAAAUGGUUUGCAGUUAUCUAAGUACCCUCUAAUGGUGUCUGCAGGCAAACAAAAUGUUAUCACUUAAUGGUAUCGCAGUGAUUUGGAGCAUAUCAGGAAAACAGAGCUCCAACUACUGAGAUAAAUCAGCAGAGAAUAUUGGCUCUAAACAUAGCCUGGUGUUAAAAGGUAGACAUUGCCUAUAGAACAAAUCUAAGCAGUACUGGCCGUUACCUUCAACUGAUCAACACUAAAGAUUGGUUUUGAAGUUUUAGAUCUCAAGAACAUCAACUUUUUUAGAAAUGUUAUAAAUAUAAUGAUCAAUAUAUCUAGUUGGUCUACCUAUUUCUCCUGCAGGAGCUAUGUUGAGAUUCCAUUGUAGGUAUGAAAUAUACCGUAGUCGGACAUGUCCAGAAGUCAUCAAUUAUUUAACGAACUUGUAUAAUCAAAAGCUAUGUAGGUCUGUCCUAAAAAAGUGUAGGGAUUCCACAACAUUUUGUUUUUCUCCUAUACUAUAUCACCUCAUAGAGAGUGUUUAAUCACCGUGAAGAGUCUAAAAGAGAAGACAACACUCCUCUGGAAUUCUGGGAAGAGGGUAUGCAAAUGAGAUCUUAACAAGUUCUUCCUCUAACGCCACCAGAUGUAAGGUAGCCAUUCUAUAAGUCAACGUUCAACUUUUUAAACAGGCCUUGAAACAUAACUUGGAUAAUAACUAGGCCAGCCUCUCAUCUGCAGACAGCUGUUUCAGGGUGAUUGUCCCUUAUCAGUGCAGAGCAGAGAGUACUAUUUUAACUGGGUGAGAAACCUAGGUCAAAAUUCAUAUUAUAUCUCCUUAUGGAGAGUGUCUAAUCAGCACGAGGAGUCUUAUAGGCCAGGCAAUGCUCCUCUGGAAUUCUGGGAAGAGGAUAUACAAAUCAACUCUUAACAAGCUCUGCUUCUAAUAACACCAGAUGGAGGGUAGCUAUCCUAUAAGCCAAAAUUUGACUUUAGACAAUAACAUGCCCUGAACUUUCCUAUAUUCUACAUCCACAACCUAAACUGAAAUACAUAUAAAAGGAACCUGUCACAUUGACCCUGCAAACUGAUGUGCAUUAUAGAGCUGGAGGAGUGUAGCAGACUGAUAUAUAGUUGCUUGGGAAAAGACUCACUAUAACUUGUAUUUCACUCAAUUACAUUUCCGCUCUUUCUGGGAUUAGGAGUAAAGUGGGUGGUCUUAUCAGAGAUUGAAAGAUUUCCUUGUAUAAAUUUGCAUAUAGUGAUAGCUGUCAAUCACUAGGACUGCCCACUGGGACUCCUAAGCAUAGUUAGAGCAGGGACUUAAUUGAAAUACUGUAGAUGUUAUCCUGAAUCAUUUCCCAUAAAACUCUAUAUCAAUCGGCCUUAAUAGAACAUGCUGCAGAUCAAAGUGCAUGUUCAAUGUCACAGGUUCCUUAAGUAAAUCAUUUUAGCAAAACUGAACUUUUUGGCUCAGGUUUACAGGGGUUUAACUCAUGGACAAUUGUUUAUUUGGAACAAAUGAUCCAUGAAGAGAUAGGAUGAAAUAUGCAAUUUGUAAGGUAAGGUAAUUGGUCACAGCCAUUCUGUCUUAAUUCACGUGUAUUAUGUGAUUAUAUCAUGGUUCAUGGUACGUUACCAUCUUUGCCUAGUGGAGCAAAAUACAUUGCUCCAUCAGUUUUUGGCCACUAUGAGUUAUGUUCGGUAAAUAAUGCCAGCCAUUAGUGUCUAUGAACAUUGUAUGGUAUCUUAUCACACCCAGUGUUCUUCCUAUAACUGAGGACUUCUGCUGUCACCAUGUUUUUUGGAUCUAAUGGGAUUCCUAUGACAUUGCUGAGAUGCUGAGAUCAAUGUCAUGAAACCUGUAUGCUUCAGGUAUCAAAAUCUACUUUGUGGUAGUGAGUGACCAAAUAAAAUGAUGCAUCCCUAAUAUCCAGGGUAGUUCACACUUUAACCCGCCUCUUCUUCUUUGUUUCUGUACUUCUUGAUUACCAUUCGUUCAUAGGCCACCACUGAAAGGUGCAGAAUGAUUGUAUGAGGAUCCUUCAGGUAGUAGCCAACUCUGUGGUGGUCUCAUCAUAUCAAAAGUCUCAGUCACUAAUAGUGUAUGUGUAUAUUGAUUUUCAUUUCUAUCUAUUUUACCUCCUGAGUCGAGAAGCUUAAGAUUGUGCAAUGCUUAGGUAUUGAUGACCUACUGUAUCCUCAGGAUAGCUUAUCAAUAUCAGGAUCAGCGGGGGUCCGACACCUGCCACCUCCAGCUGUUUGAAGAGCCUGCUGUACUGUGUAAUUACAUUUUCCUCUGCCAUACAAGUGAACAGGAGAGAGAGGCUUAAUUAUACUACGCUGCGAUCUAGACGGCAAAUGGGUAACAUUGAAGAGGACGUGGCCUCUUCAAUGAUUGGUUUGAUAGCCAAUCUGAUAUUGAUGACCUAUCCUGAGGAUAGGUCUUCAAUAUCUAAGUACUGCUAAAACCCUUUAACUCUACUUGUAAUGAAAGCUAAAAUACUUAAAUAGGCCCUACAUAUUAGGCUGUGUUAAAAUAAUGUUUUUGUCUCACAUUUAACGUGUGCACAUAAUUAAACAGAUGCAUCCAGUGGUAUCUAACACCAUAGGGUUCCACUUAAAAAAAAAAUAUAUAUU